AUGUCGACACCCUCACCACCACCACCACCACCACCACCACCACCUCUGCCAGCCCUCCCACCAACGCCUUCCUUCCUGCUCCCAUCCUUUCCUUUCACACCAUCCACUCCCCUCCCCAACCAUACCCCCGCAACCCCCUCCCCCCUCCCCGUAGACUUUCUCGAAAUCCUCGAGAACUGGUGCAUCCCCAACCUCGACACCUCCGCCAUCCUGCCCGCCAGCCUCAUCGGCGCCGCGCACCAGAAACAGGGUACUACAUGCUCAAACACAGUCACACCUGGUCCCGCACCAGUGUCACCAGUGGCACCAACGACACCAACACCAACAAAGAAACCAACAUACCCCUGGACCGACCCCCUCCGCAACGCAAUCCUCACCCUCUCCAAACUCACAGUCAACCAACGCGCCCGCGCCCACAGCCUGCUGUGCACAUACUUUGCCGCGCGCAUCCGCGAGGCUAGUUACAAGGCGAACGGCACGGGCAUCUAUGCGCAGCUCGAGGUUUGCGAUGUGGACAAGGCGAUUGAGAGCGUGAGAAGGAUGAGGCGCGGGCGGGAGAUGGAGAUGGAGAGAAAGCGCGAGAAGGAAGAAGAUGUGGGGGAGAAGAGAAAGUAUUCAAUCGGCGACGAAGGAUGGUUGCAGGCGCGAUUUUAUUCGCGCCAACUGGGAAGCGUGAUGGAAGGUGACGGGGACGAGGAAGGUGAGAAAGAAGAGGAAGAAGAGGAAGAAGGAAAAGGAAAAGGUAGAGAGUCAAGACAGUCUGGAAAUAAUGUCCAAAGCCCCCCACUAUCCAACGGCUUUCACCACCAACGCAAGAAACUUCAAACUUCACACAGUCAUAACAGCACCACCCCCGAUCCCGCCCAUGUCCAGGGACAAACUGACAUCGAUUCUCUCCACCCCCUGCUCACACCGCAAACCACAAAACGCCUCAUCCAUCUCCCGCCAAUUCAAACCACAGACAUCAAUACGCCCACGAAGCCUGUGGUGCGACUUGACAGUACCGGGGUGCGGGCGGGUAGGGGCGGUGAUUUGGGUUUGGGUUUGAAUAUGGAUAUGGAUAUGGAUAUGGAUAUGGGCGUUGGUGCAGACUUAUGA